AUGGUAGGACGAAGAACACCAACAUUUAUCAUAGUCAGUGGUGGAAUUUUGCUUCUUUUUUGUAUUACAUACAGCCUUGCCCCACUAAGGCACAUCAACAAAGCUUCAAUAGAUCAAGUACAAUGGCCACUUUUCACAUCAGAUUUUGGUCAAAUAGAUAAAAGACAAGAUGACAAUGAUGAAGCUGAUGCAAGUGAAACUCAAGAAGAUGAAGAUGUACUGUUCAACACACUUGAACAUAUAAGAGAUAGAAAACAGAACUCAGAAACAAAGGAUAUACCAUAUGAUAACAAUGAAAAUGAUAACAAUAUGAAAACAUUGCCAGGAAAUGCACAGGCUGAACCAGAUGCUGGAAACUCAAAAGACUCAGAUACUAAGUUUGACCCCAGAAACAAUAAAUCCCCUGACACAGCUGGUUUUCAACAAGACAAUGAUGAACGUGAAACACAAGAGGAAUCUGGUGAAACUAAUCAGAAAGCAAUAGAUGAGAUCAAAUCAGUAAAUGAUGAUAAUGAUGUGACGAAUACAACAAUUCUAGUUUCAAUGUUAGAUAACUUGUUAGAAACAGUAGAAAGUAAACAAGGUACGGAUCUAGAUGAGAUUCACAAUGAAGACACCUAUGAUAAGGAGACUGAACUUUAUGAGAUAGAAUCCGAGACUUGGAAUAAUGCCACUGAGACGUACCUUCCAAAAACAAAAAAAUUUCCUGGUUUGAUUAUCAUAGGAAUACAUAAAUGCGGAACAUAUGCCUUGUCAUAUUUCUUAGAGAUUCAUCCAAACUUAGUGAGAACUCCAGGUACUGAAAUACACUUUUUUGAUAGGAUGUCAGAAUAUAAGAAAGGACUGGAUUACUAUAUCAGUCAAAUGCCGCUUACGGAUCCCACUCAGAUUGGUUAUGAAAAAACACCUGGCUACUUUGAUAGAGCAAACCCUAGAGAUAUUUAUAAUGCAAACAAAGAUGUUAAGCUAGCCAUUAUAGCAUGUGAUCCUGUACGCAGAACAAUGUCACACCAUUUGACAAAAACCUUAGUAUUCCAGAAAAAUUUGACAUACGAGGGAUGUAUCUUACAUGAAAAUGGCAUACUGAAUACUGAAAGCUGUUCUUAUAUCUACAGGGGGCACUAUGCAACUUAUUUCAAACGAUACUUAGAGGUAUUCCCCAAAGAACAAAUACUAGUGGUGUCUACUGAUGAGCUGAAGACAGACCCUAUAAGUGUUAUCAAAAAAUUUGAAACUUUUUUAAAGCUCCCAAAAGUAGUGAAUGAAAACAUGUUAUAUUUUGAUGAGGCUUCAAAACAAUUCUGUGUCAAACCAGAAUACUGGAAUAGAAAAUUUAUUGGGAAAUAUAAUGGCUGUAUGUUACGUCCUGAUAAACACCAGGUUCAUCCAGAAAUUCACCCAGAACUGGUGAAGAAACUUGCUAGUCAUUUUAAGGAUCGAAACAGAGAGUUUGAACAACUAACUGGUAAAAACUUUUCAUGGGCAGAAUAAAAUAUGUGAAUGAGAAUUGUUAUAGCAACAAACAGGGUAUUCAUUUGAGACUAUCAAUUCACAACUUCCCAUUAGAUUAAUCAAUUACGUUCCUCAUCGCUGGAUGCCAUAACAUUCCGCCAAUGGCCAACUGCUAAUCGCCAAC